AUGAAAAAUUGUUCUUUUAGUAAUUCUAAUGCGCAUCAUACUUGCCGAAUAUCAUCGGCGAAUCUUUAUUAUCAAAGGAAUAUUAAAAAAGAAAUUAAAAAUACUACGGGACUGCAAACAUUGAAGAAGUUAUCUAAAAAAAAUGAAAGGAAAGUAUUUGCUAAUAAAGAAAAAUCUCUAGCUGAUUCAUGAGCAAGAAAAAUGGGCUAUUAUUUUAAUAAGGAAUCACUAAAAAUUAAAACUUAUGAAUACAUGAAAAUUACUAAAAAAUUGCUUGAAAUUUAUAAGAAAUAUAGCAGGAAAUUCAAGAAAUUUGAAAAAUUUGAAAAAUUUGAAGCAGUUAGUAGAAUAAGUGAUGAAUUUCUUAUCUUUUUGCCUCUAAUUGACAAUAGAUUUAGUAAUAGCCCAAAUAAUUAUAAAAAUGGCCCUUUGCCAUACAGAAAACACCAGACGGAGAUAUUAAACUUCUUAAUAAAGAAUUAUUUUCAGACAAGAGGGUGAAAUGAGUGUAAAAAAAGAACUGGUUGGUUUGAGAGAGAGAAAAAAGCUGAAAAUGUAAAUUUGACUCAUAAUAGCAGAUUAAAAUUUAGAAAACCUGAAGAAGCAAUUUAUCAGUUUCUUAUUCAUUAUUAA